UUGUGCAGCGCGAUCGCUGUACCAAGUACCAUUGUUGUGAAGGUUGGAGUCGAACAGAAGAGAUAUACACUACACAAAAAGCUUCUCGAGCACCAUUCGGGCUUCUUUCGAGGCGCGCUGUCUGGCAAGUUCAAAGAGACAGCUGAUGGUGUUAUCUCUAUCCGCCAGGUCGACACCGACGCAUUCGAUAUCUUUGUCGACUGGAUGUACGAGAAGAAGCUGUCGGAACACGUGCGAGCGCCUUCUCUGUCCGCAGAUCGUAUUUUAGUUAAAUACCGUGCCUACAUUGCAGCAGACAUGCUCUUAGCUGCCGAAUGGAAAGAUGCUUUAAUGGAAAACAUCUCCUAAGUUAUACGCCGAGCCCCACCCUAUCCGCUCGUGGUAAUUCGCGUUUUCGAAAAUUUACCCGCGGAGGACCCUAUGCUUCAGUUGCUUGUGGACAGUUGGUAUGUCAAUGAUGGUUUUGGCAGUAUUACCGAAGAGCAGCUUUAUCUUGUGUCUCAGCUUCCACACGAGUUCUAUACACGAUGGAUUCUCAAAUAUGUUAAGUUACAAGAUGGAAAACCGAGAAAGAAGCGGAACGCGAAAAGCAGGCGUUGACCGAGAUUUGACCGACUGAACGUAAGGAAGGGAAUCUUGAAUGGCGAGAGAAUGGACUGCGUAUGUCGGAACAAACACGUCGGCGAUAGUCUCCGAGCGAUGGGCUGAUGAAACACUUGAAAAGAAUCUGGCAGAAAUUAGGGAUGUAGUCAAUCUAAAGGGUUUCUUGACACGAUCAUGAACAUUCGAAACCUUGUCAAAGUUGAGUUGUG